CGUCGUCAGCCAAUAGGAAGCGAGAAUUUUCGCGCUGAUUGGCUUCGUUGAAGAAGAAGGAGGAUGAUGAGGAUGAGGGAGUGAAGGAGUUACUGUACUCAUUGAAAGUACAGUAACCCCCGUUCGUGAGGAUGCGCCCAUAACAGUGAUUUGAAUUUGGCAACAUCGGGGGAGCAUGGCUCAGCCCUAUCGACUUCCGAAGAAUGUAAUUGGGAGUUCCCAGUCAAUGGCACAGGAAUUGAUUAAUCCCAUUUCUAUAAAACAAGUUCCAGAGAUCCUCGGUAUUACUAAUAAGAAGACUCAAAAUGGUGAAGUAGAUUCUGAGCUCUCCAUAUUGACUGACAAAGCUGUCACACCUUUAUCAGCAGCUCUUCAGGAUGGAGUCAUACAUCGAUUAAAUGGACAUGAUGCAACUACUGCUUGCCGGUCAUCAGACAAAUUAAAGGAUUUGACCUCUCUUAUGUUAAAUGGAGAUUCUGGCAUGCCAAGUGUAGUGGAAGAAUCGCCAUCUCCACAUGCCUCUUCUCCAGUUGAAUGCUCUACAGAAAAUAGAGGGAAUAAAACACCACCUCGAACAACACCUAAAAAGAGUGGUUCACCAGAAAUUAAGUUGAGAAUUACUAAAACAUACUUGAAUGGAAAGCCGCUAUUUGAAUCCUCACUUUGUGGAGAUCUUCAGAUAGGUGACUUUGAGUCUACACGGCAGGAACAACAAGAGAAAGAUGAGGAGCAAGAAAAAAAUCAAGACAAACGGAAAAGAAAGAAAAGUGUGAAAUAUGAUGCUUUGCUUGAACAAAGUCUUUCUGAGCUGGCACUUGUAUCCAAGACAUCCAGUUCUCCUGAUGAACGAUUAAAGGUUGAAGAAGACCAAGUGAAUGAAGAAGAUAAAGAUGAAGACACCAAGGAGAAGGAUGUGCCAGUGAAAUACGAUGUUGGGGACAUGGUGUGGUCAAAAGUAUCUGGUUAUCCUUGGUGGGCUUGUAUGAUUUCCUCAGACCCUAUCUUGGGUACCCACACAAAAGUAAAAGUUGUGAGUAAGUCUACUUGUCGUCAGUACCACGUUCAGUUUUUUGGAGAAGCUCCAGAAAGAGCCUGGAUUUUUGAAAAGAGUAUGAUACCCUUUUUAGGUGCUCAUCAGUAUGAUGAGUUAAUCCAGGAGAGUGCCAAACAUGCAAGUUCAAAGGCAGAGAAAAACAAGCUUCUAAAACCAAUUCCUGCCAGAAUUCGCCUUCAAUGGGAUAUAGGCAUUGCACAAGCUGAGAAUGCCCUGGCAAUGACCCCUGAGAAUCGAAAGGCUAAAUAUACCUUUGUUUAUGAUUGUGAUCGUCCAUUAUUACCACCUCAGGUUGCUAAAGAGGCUGGUGUUCCUGUUGAACUUGUAGAGAACAGUAAGUGGCCAACUGAAGAUUUGCCAGCUCCAAAAGACGGUCUCUCAAGCAGUAAAGGAGCAAGGAGAAGAAAUGGCGCACCAAAUAAAAGGCGCUGUUCAAAAGGAUAUGAACGUAAGAUCCCUUCAAAAGAGUGUUUAACUAGGACUGUGGAUUCUACUGAAGGUUCUGCUCAAAGUUAUUCAAUUGACAGGACAUCUUGUAGAUCAUCAGAUUCUGAGAGUUGUGCAAGCUCCCCCAUGGCUAAGCGAAAACAUGGAGUAGCCAGUCAGCGGACCAGGAAGUGUGACACUGUCCUUGCUCAGUUCAUGGCCUUCUGUCAGAAACACAGAGAUGAGUUAACUGAAGAACGUCCAGAUGCUUCUGCUGAGGAGAUUGAAGAGUUGCUUGAGUCUCAGUGGGCUUUGCUGAGUGAUAAACAGCGAGCACGUUACAAUACCAAGUUCUCUAUAGUUACUCCAGUUACAGAGCACAAAUCACCUUCAUCAGGUUCAAGUUUUCGAACAGGAUCACCUGGGCCCACUAGACGCAGAGUUCUACAGGACUCUCCAAAAAGAACAACUAGAUCUAGUGUGACCUCAGAAUCAACUAGACAAAGAAGGAUAUCCAGAAAAGUAAUAGAUUACAGAGAAGACUCCCCAGAACGGAUCAGCACCAGUAAGAGAUUAAAGCGAAGCUAUCAUGAGGAUGAAAAGUAUGAUUUCAGUAAAACCGAUCAGGCAGAAGCAUGUGGAAGUGAUGGUAUUGAGGCUGGAGAAACAUUGCCCACUUAUACCAACACGUCCCAAAGCAGUCAAUCAGAAAUAAGCAAACUCUCUGAUGCAUGUAAACCACUGAAAAAACGAAGCAGAGCAUCAACUGCUGAGACCGUGGUGCCAGCUGUCAGCAAGAAUCCAUCUCCUCUAACUGUAUUAACAGAAAAUGAGACAUCAUUUGAUGGACAACAGGAGUCGGGAGAUGAAAGUGCAGAUGAGACUCCAACAGAGGUUUCAUCUGUAUCAUCCAAAAAAUCGCAAGGAGAACGAGGGGGCAGUGGUGCAGCUAGGAAAGAAGGAGUUUGUCAGGUGUGUGAGAAUUCUGGAGACCUGCUGUUUUGUGAGGGACAGUGUUAUGGGGCGUUCCACUUGGCUUGUCUUGGGCGGUCUAAAUUACCUCAAGGCAAAUUUAUGUGUAGGGAAUGCACAUCAGGUGUUCACACUUGCUUUGUUUGCAAGAAGAAUGGGCCUGAUGUUAAGCGUUGUAUUGUUCCUCUCUGUGGAAAGUUCUACCACGAAGACUGUGUCAGAAAAUACCCUCCAACUGUGUUCGAAAACAAGAGAUUUCGAUGUCCCCUGCACACUUGUAUCAGCUGUCAUGCCAUAAAUCCCUCCAACCCAAGGCCAACAAAAGGGCGAAUGAUGCGUUGUGUUCGAUGUCCUGUGGCCUUUCAUGGAGGGGAGACCUGUAUUGCAGCUGGGUCUGUGAUUCUGACAGCCAACAGUAUCAUUUGCACCAAUCAUUUUUCUCCAAAGAAGGGUUAUACACAUCAUGCUCAUGUCAAUGUUAGCUGGUGUUUUGUCUGUUCAAGAGGGGGAAGUCUUCUAUGUUGUGAGUCCUGUCCUGCAGCAUUUCACCCAGAAUGUCUUAACAUUGACACCCCUGAGGGGAGUUGGUAUUGCAAUGACUGCAAGGCAGGCAAGAAGCCACGCUACAAAGACAUCAUCUGGGUAAAGCUUGGAAGCUACAGAUGGUGGCCUGCAGAAAUAUGUCACCCAAGGAACGUUCCUACAAAUAUUCAAAAUAUGAAACAUGAGAUUGGCGAAUUUCCUGUUCAUUUCUUCGGAUCAAAUGACUACUUUUGGACCCACCAGGCACGUGUAUUUCCUUAUGUGGAAGGCGAUAAGGGAAGCAAAGACAACAAAAUAAAAGGCCUCAGCAAGGCCUUUAGAAAAGCUUUAGAAGAGGCAGCAGAACGCUUUCAGGAUCUUAAAGCUCAGAGGGAAACCAGGGAAGCACAAGAAAAUGAACGCAAUGGGAGAAAGCCUCCGCCAUAUAAACACAUAAGGGUCAAUAAACCAUUUGGCAAAGCACAAAUUUACACGGCUGAUAUUUCAGAAAUCUCGAGAUGUAACUGUAAACCAACUGAUGAUCAUCCUUGCGGCCUGGAUUCAGAGUGCUUGAACAGAAUGUUAAUGUACGAAUGUCAUCCUGCUGUAUGCCCAGCUGGUGCACGAUGCCAAAACCAGUGUUUUAGCAAAAGGCAGUAUCCUGAGUCGCAGGUUGUCAAAACUGCUGGAAAAGGCUGGGGUCUCAUUACAAAGACUGACAUAAAGAAAGGAACAUUUGUUAAUGAAUAUGUGGGAGAGGUAAUAGAUGAAGAUGAAUGCAGAGCAAGAAUCCGGUUUGCACAAGAACAUAACAUUGCCAAUUUCUACAUGCUCACUAUUGACAAGGAUCGAAUAAUAGAUGCUGGGCCUAAAGGGAAUUACUGUCGCUUCAUGAACCACAGUUGCCAACCCAAUUGUGAGACACAAAAGUGGACAGUGAAUGGAGACACUAGAGUUGGGUUGUUUUCUCUCUGUGAUAUCUCAGCAGGGACUGAACUCACCUUUAAUUAUAACCUAGAUUGCCUUGGCAAUGAGAAGACAGUAUGCAAGUGUGGUGCACCAAACUGUAGUGGUUUCCUAGGGGUCAGACCCAAGAAUGCAAGCAAUGGUUCAGAUGAUAAAGGAAAAAGGCGGAAAAAGAAAAUUCGAAAACGCAAGUCAAAGAAUGAAGGGAAAAAAGCACAUGAGGAUGAAUGCUUCCGCUGCAGAGAUGGAGGAGAGCUUGUACUCUGUGAUAGAAAAGCGUGUUCAAAGGCAUAUCAUUUGUCCUGCCUUAGCCUUACAAAGCCUCCAUUUGGAAAGUGGGAAUGCCCAUGGCACCACUGUGAUGUCUGUGGAAAGCCGUCUGUUGUAUUUUGCCAAUUCUGCCCCAACUCUUUCUGUAAGGAUCACGAGGAAGGUACAAUGUUCAAGUCCACGUUAGAUGGACUUGCUUGCUGCUGCGAACAUGACCACUGCAACAUGGCGGAACCGCUCGAACGAUGCAAAAACCUGGACAUCUAUCCUUCUCCGAAUGAGACAGUUAAAUUGGAGUCCAAGAACCCCAAAACCAGCAAUCGUACACCAGUAAACAAAGCACAGUGAAUUUACUUGAACUGUAGACACUGUUGAUGUAUACUACCAAUGACAUUCUUCACAGAUUGUCACACAAGAACUCUUUGCAGGAAAGGACAUUCUUGAUUCCACUGAGCCAUCUCCAGCAGUUCCUAACUGCAUCUGCACUGAUAACUUAAAACUGUGGCUACGUAACUCAGCAACCAGCACAGCAAAACUACACAGCAUUACAUUAACACUGGGAAUCUUCCUCCUAUUGAACAAUGAAAAUAGGAGAAAAAAAUUAAAGAUCAAAAUACAAAUUGGUAUUGAAACUAGAAAUUAAUAGCAUUUAUGAAUCAUUAAGUGUUAUCAAUAUGAUACUUAAAAUGACACUAUUAGUUGCUCUUCAUUGUGUUUAUAUGCGUUAGUGUAGUUUACAUUGAUAGUUCAGUACCUUUUGUAACCCUGAUGGUCAUUAUUGCAGUGCAUAAUCACUCGUGUUCAACAUUUUAAAAUAUCUUCAGGGUUUUUGAACUGUUAAAUGUGUGACCACAGGGACUGAAACUGUAUUACUGCGGCCAGUAAAUGCAGCAAUUGAGGGUCUUUUACUGGAAAUUUUCUAGUCAGUUUUUUUUAUUUAAACCAACUAUAAUAACAGCAAAUACAAGUUCUGUUUAGUCAGAUAUGUACCAAACUGUGGACCAUGUUCACUUUAAUUGAAAAUGUUUAGAUUAGUGUUCAUGUGUUACCUCUUGUUUUUGUUCUUGUUCAUCCUUUAGAGGUUCCAUAUCUUUUAAAAUUUUGUCCUUGCAACAUCACAGGAUAAAGAUACCAACUGCAUAUAGAUUCAAGACACGUAACAUUUAACUCCACGUUGUCCAAGGCAUUGUUUGCAGAACUUGAUCUUACUAGUUUUAACAUUUUAUACACCAUCUAUUCCCAUAACACUGUAGCUCCAGCAAAGGUCCAAGAGUAGUCCAUUACACAUUGGAGGGCUUUAGAUUAAGUGGUUAUGUUUAUUUAUCCCAGAUGUCAACAAAGAAUGUCGUGUUAGCUUUAAAUGUAUCUUAUUGUGUGAUUAGAAUAUUGUCAAUAAUGUUACCCUGUGUCUUCAUUCAGUAGCAGUGGUUACUCAUAUUGAGACUACCUUAAGGGAUGGUAAAUGAAAUUCAUAGGGUUGGUGUGAGAGUAAAAUGUAUUUCAUGACUGAAUGAUGGUAGAGCAGGUUUGCAUCUCACUGAGCAUGAUUUCCUAUUCCUGCGAUAUUGUGUUAUCUUGCAUCAGUGUAGGGAUUCUUUCUCUUACUACAGUUUACAUCAUGAUGUUUGGACUCACUGAGCACAUAAUCUAAACCUUCAAAAUCAGAGCUGAAGCCUCUGUUACUAGUUCACACAGAAUGUUAAGUUAUUAGGAAAUAGAACUUUUCCCUGGUUAACUCUGUUUGCAUGCUACAGGAAGAAGAUUAGUACACUGCCGCAACACCAGUAAAAUUUUGUACAGUAAUUCAUGUUGGAAAGUUACUUUUCCAUUUAUGUAGAUGAACAUUUUUUAACAUUAAUUACUGAGAUGUUCCUAAUACAAUGAAAUAAUAAGAUUAGGUGGGGAAAGAAUUGCCAUGGUGCAAUUUAGCAAAAUGAUUAAUCAGAAAUCCAGCCAAAUUUAUUCAAAGAUUCUGACUUUUGAAUUCAGUGGCAUUGUUCACUUUUCAGCUGACAACCUAAUGAAUUUCAUUUUCUAUGCCUUUGGAAAUAAUUUCAAAUUAUGGCCCUCACUUGUGAGGGGCUACAUUGUUAUAACUAUGUUGUACAGUACAAAUGUGUACCUGGAAAUUAGCCUCUGAUUGUAAUAUACAACUUGCUAUUGUCAACACAUUGUAUUCUGCCUUUGAAAUUAAUUCCAUUGCAUUGAAUAGAAUGAAUUCUGGAGGCAAAGUAGAACAUGCUAAUUUGACCAUUUAGCAAUACUGCCCGAGGAUUUAAUUUCUAGGAAAUCUUUAAGUCCCUAUGUGUGUAGCAAAUGUUUAUACUCAGUGCAUACUGACUUGUAGUAAGUAAUUUAAAUCUUGGGAAUUAAGUGCUGCAUUUAUAUAUAGCGAGCUCAAUGGGUAGAAUUUAGCUUAUACCCAUAAAAUAGUUUCAAAUUCUGAAAGUUCUGGGUGAAGGAGGUAUAAGAUGUUUGAAAUGGGUACUUCUAAUUUGAAUCCAGCUGUGAGUGAAUUGAUUGGAGUUAAUUUACAGGGUACUUGGUUGUUUUGGAAUAAAAGUUUCCCACUAUUGUGCCACAAAAAUGGACUUUGCUGUCCUCGGAUUCCCUAGAGACUCCAACACAGCAACCUGAACCAGGUUCCAAGGCACUUGAAAACUGGAGACAAUGCCCUUAAACCUAAGCCGAUUAAUAAGCCUUCUGUCAAAUAUACAUGAUCAUCAUUGGCCAUAAUGUGCAAUAUCUAAAUAUAUGGUUAAAAGUGUGCAUGUGCAAUUGGCAUGAGAAGCAGACCUGAAAUCAUCUAUUCAUAGUGGAUGGAAAAUUUGGGCAAAUGUGAAUCAUGGUAAUGCACUGAGUAGUUACCAGUACGAUUUCUCUUUUUUUUUUGCUCAGGUAUUAAAAAUGGCUUGAUUGUUGAGUUCAAGUUGUAAGCUAUUGCUGUCACCUGUCUGAUGAGUAGAAAUAAUAGAUUCCCAUAAGAGCAGAGGGCAAAUACUCAGGAAGGCCUUGCAAGUCUCUAUAAUUUAUGGGUAUAAAAAUAGGUACAAUGAAGAACAGUUUUUAAGGAAAUAAUAAUAUCAGACUUCUGGAAUAGGUGCUUAAAUUGGGUUUAUGGCCUUCUUUAUAUGUGGAUGAAGUACCCAAUAUCAGUCUUGGAUUUCACAAAUGACAAGAGUCAGGAGAUAGGCAUUUAACUUUUACCAUUUUAGGAUUCUUCACUAGGUCAAGGUCAGUAUUUGGGGGCGGGGAAUUAGAGUAGAGAUAGGAAUUUUGAUUGUGAUACAUCUUGCAUAAUACCAACUGGAUUGAAAAAUGACUUCAAAUUCACUUUCACUCUAGGUGAUACUGGGUGAUACUUUGUCCAAUGCACAAAAUCCACACAUAGCUACUGCCACUAAAAUAGGAUGCCAGUUCAUUGCAUGCAGUUCAAAUUACUGCCUUGAUCUAAUUUCACUUUAACAGACUUGACCUCACCAGUUAUUGAAACUUACAAUUUGAUCAAUAUGCAAAAUUGAAUAAGAAUUGGUUUAUUUAGAAAGGGUUAUGGUAUAAUUUCUUCAACUCAUCUGUAUAUGUUUAAAUCAACCAGGUAACAAUUACAUGUCUUGAAUUCAUAAUCUUAUUGAUGGGACAUUGCGUAUUGAAGCUGCUGUAUGCUUUUGACUGUGCACACCUCAACAAGAUUUUAUUUUUUAAGUUUUGUAUUAAAAGACUUGGAUACCUAGAAUUGCAA